CUCCUCCUUCUCCACGGGGAUAGAGGCAGGGCUGGAGCUCUUAGCAGCCACCGUUCCUCCUGCUGGCUGGCUAGGGAGUCAGCUGACGCCGGCGCUCCAGCCUCGCCUCCUCGCGCCGCGCGCUCUGCGCUCCCUGUAGUGGCUGCAAACCGGCUGCCCACUUCCAGGAUUUAGGGCGCAGAAAAAGUGAUGUGCGCCUUCUAAAGCCUCAGCGAGCCUCAGCCGAAGCAGCUUCGUCUGCUCAACUUUCUCCCCAACCCCAUACCUUCUGUUGACCCUGCCCUCAACCCUCCCCAAAGCCAGCUAGGGUGCGUGCGCCUGAGUACUGGCUGUCUGGGAUGGCUUCCAAUUUUAAUGACAUAGUGAAGCAAGGGUACGUGAAGAUUCGGAGCAGGCGCCUAGGGAUUUAUCAGAGAUGCUGGUUGGUGUUCAAGAAAGCUUCGAGCAAGGGCCCCAAAAGGCUGGAGAAAUUUUCUGAUGAACGUGCUGCAUAUUUUAGGUGUUAUCAUAAGGUUACGGAACUCAACAAUGUGAAGAAUGUAGCUCGGCUGCCGAAGAGCACAAAGAAACACGCCAUCGGCAUUUAUUUCGAUGAUGACACCUCCAAGACCUUCGCUUGCGACUCAGAUCUUGAGGCCGAUGAAUGGUGCAAGGUCCUCCAGAUGGAGUGUGUAGGGACACGUAUCAAUGACAUUAGCCUUGGGGAGCCCGACUUACUGGCUACUGGAGUUGAACGAGAGCAGAGUGAGAGAUUCAAUGUGUAUUUGAUGCCAUCUCCUAACUUAGAUGUACAUGGCGAAUGUGCCUUGCAGAUAACAUAUGAGUAUAUCUGUCUUUGGGACAUCCAGAAUCCCAGAGUCAAACUGGUCUCUUGGCCACUGAGCGCCCUGCGCCGAUAUGGACGCGAUACCACGUGGUUCACUUUUGAGGCGGGGAGGAUGUGUGAGACUGGCGAAGGGCUGUUUAUCUUUCAGACGCGAGACGGAGAGGCCAUCUAUCAGAAAGUCCACUCUGCUGCCCUGGCUAUCGCUGAGCAGCAUGAGCGCUUGCUACAGAGCGUGAAAAAUUCAAUGCUGCAGAUGAAGAUGAGCGAGCGAGCCGCCUCACUGAGCACCAUGGUGCCCCUGCCCCGCAGUGCCUACUGGCAGCACAUCACGCGGCAGCACAGCACUGGACAGCUCUACCACCUGCAGGGUGUCGGCAGUCCCCUGAAGCUACACAGAACGGAAACUUUCCCCGCCUACCGAUCUGAGGACUGACAGCACCGAGGAGCGCCAGGUCACUCAGGUGCAUCGGCUAAGCGGAGGUCACGGAGCGACAGCAAGAGAAGCCACGACCGAGGGAAGCGGCCUCAAGUCCUGGCUAAUUGUGUGGCCAUCGGGAAACUCUGCAAUACAGUCUGGUGGUUUUUUGUUUUUUGUUUUUUUUACGUGUUAGCGUAAUUGCAACGUGCUCUAUAGAUACCGACUUGGUGAUCGUCUCUCGCAGCUGGGGCGAACGGAGUCAAUGCGACAAAAUGGUUUUCUGUUGUAGAUGCCGUGUCCCCCGCGCUGCUCGGACUCUGUCCUUUUGUGGAUUCUUGCGGUUUUCCUUCUGAGUGUUUCAGCUGUACCACAGUCAGUAUUGACAAUAAAAUGGCUCUUAAUUAUUGGUUAUUUCUUUACACCAUGUUCCAAUUAUUAGUCCCCUGGUCCCGGUUAUCUACCAGAAAUCACCCUCGAUUCUGUUGUCAGAGAGCUACACCCAGUGCUGCGACUCACUUUGACCGGUAAAUACUC